UGAGCGGGCGCCGCGUCCUUGAGGCUUUCCGCCGGUCGGGAGAACCGAGAGGAGGCUUCGCUGUGGGAGAAGGAGGCUGAGGAAGGAUCCGGGAUGAGGCCGCUCCUGCUGCUGUUCGCCCUGCUGCUCGGCGCGGGUCUUUCCGACUCCUUGGCCGUGAUGUCAGUGGACUUGGGCAGUGAAUCUAUGAAGAUCGCCAUCGUCAAGCCCGGGGUGCCCAUGGAGAUCGUCUUAAACAAGGAAUCUCGGAGGAAAACCCCGGUGGCUGUGACGCUGAAGGAGAACGAGCGCCUCUUUGGAGACAACGCUGUGGGAAUGGGCAUCAAGAACCCGAAGGUGGCCUUCCGGUACUUCCAGGACCUGCUAGGCAAGCGCAUCGAUAACCCCCAGGUGGCCCUUUUCCAGGCACGGUUCCCAGAGCAUGAGCUGGAGAAGGAGGAGAGGAGGGAGACCGUCACCUUCAAACUGUCCAAAACAUUGCAGUAUUCUCCGGAAGAGAUCCUGGGCAUGGUCCUGAACUAUUCACGAGCGCUGGCCGAAGAAUUUGCAGAGCAGCCCAUCAAGGACGCCGUCAUCACCGUCCCGGCCUUCUUCAACCAGGCCGAGAGGAGAGCCGUCCUCCAUGCCGCCAAGAUGGCCAACCUCAAGGUCUUGCAGCUCAUCAAUGACAACACCGCAGUGGCCUUGAACUACGGCGUCUUCCGGAGGAAGGACAUUAAUGCUACCGCUCAGAACAUCAUGUUCUAUGACAUGGGAGCAAGCAGCACGGUGUCCACCAUUGUGACCUACCAGACUGUGAAGAGCAAGGAAUCGGGGACUCAGCCUCAGUUGCAGAUCCGAGGGGUCGGAUUUGACCGCACGCUGGGAGGCCUGGAGAUGGAGCUGCGCCUUCGGGACCAUCUGGCCAAACUCUUCAACGAACAGCAUCCGUCGAAGGACGUCCGGAAAAACCUCAGAGCCAUGGCCAAACUUCUGAAGGAAGCCAACCGCGUGAAAACGGUCCUAAGUGCCAAUGCUGACCAUAUGGCCCAGAUCGAGGGCUUGUUGGACGACAUCGACUUCAAGGCCAAGGUGACGCGGCAGGACUUUGAAGAUCUGUGUUCCGACUUGUUCCUGCGGGUUUCUGGGCCCGUGCAGCAGGCGCUGAGCAGCGCUGAGAUGAGUCUGAGUGAAAUUGACCAGGUGAUCCUUGUUGGCGGUGCCACCCGCGUGCCCAAGGUGCAGGAGUUCCUGCUCAAAGCCGUCGGCAAGGAGGAGCUGGGCAAGAACAUCAAUGCGGACGAAGCGGCUGCCAUGGGCGCCGUCUACCAAGCAGCUGCCCUGAGCAAAGCCUUCAGGGUGAAGCCCUUCAUUGUCCGAGAUGCAGCGGUUUUUCCCAUCCAGGUUGAGUUCACUCGCGAAGUGGAAGAGGAGGACAAGCCCAAGAGCCUGAAGCACAACCGCCGGAUCCUCUUCCAGCGCAUGGCCCCUUACCCCCAGCGCAAGGUCAUCACCUUCAACCGCUACACCGACGACUUUGAGUUCCACGUCAACUACGCGGACAUGGGCUUCCUGAGUGAGCCUGACUUGCAGAUCUUUGGCUCCUUGAACCUCACCCGGGUGAAGCUGCGCGGCGUGGGCGAGAGCUUCAAGAAGCACGUGGAUUACGAGUCCAAAGGCAUCAAGGCUCAUUUCAACAUGGACGAGAGUGGCGUGCUGAGCCUCGAUCGGGUGGAAUCUGUCUUUGAGACCGUGUUGGAGGACAAGCCAGAGGAGGAAUCCACGCUGACAAAAUUGGGGAACACCAUCUCCAGCCUCUUUGGGGGAGGCAGCCCUGUGCCGGAAGCCCCCGAAAACCUGACGGAGACGGUGCAGGAAGAAGAAGAGAGCCAAGCAGAGUCCGGCAAGGAGGAGGGGCAGAAGGAUGAGGCUGGGGGUGCUGCUGCCGAGGAGGAGGAUGGGACGUAUCCACCAACGCCACCUCCAAACCAGGAGAAAGGGCCUGGGGAGGAGGAGGAGCCUGUGGCCACAGAACGGCCGGAGGAGGGGCCGGAAAAGCCGGACUCCUGGGAGGCCCAAGAGAAGGCCGGAGAAGAGCCCGCCAAGAGCCCCGAAGGCAGCAAAGCAGCCGUGGAGGAGGAGGAGGCAGCAGCGGCGAAGCCCAAGCCUCCCAAGAAGCAGAAGCUGGUGGAGGAGAUCACCGUGGAGCUGGACGUGAACGACGUGCUGGACCUGAUGCCCGAAGAGCUGCAGAGCUCCAUCAAGAAGUUGCAAGCGCUGACGGAGAGGGACCUCGAGAAGCAGGAGAGGGAGAAGUCGGCCAACAGCCUCGAGGCCUUUGUCUUUGAGACUCAGGACAAGCUCUAUCAGGAGGAGUACCAGUUUGUUUCCACAGAGGAAGAGAGGGAGGAGAUUGCCAAGAAGCUGAGUGAAGUUUCCAGCUGGAUGGAAGAGGAGGGCUACACGGCCACCACAAAGGAGCUGAAAGAGAGGCUCUCUGAGCUGAAGAAGCUUUGCCGGAGCCUCUUCUUCCGCGUGGAGGAGCGGAGGAAGUGGCCGGACCGCUUGGCUGCCCUGGAGAGCCUGCUCAACCAUUCCAGCAUCUUCCUCAAAGGAGCGCGCAUGAUCCCGGAGGUUGAUCAAAUCUUCACAGAGGUGGAGCUGACCACCUUGGAGAAGGCCAUAAAUGAGACCACGCUGUGGAAGAACGCCACUCUGGCGGAGCAGAACAAGCUGCCUCCCUCGGCCAAGCCCACGCUCCUCUCCAAAGACAUUGAGCUGAAGAUUGCAGCCCUGGAUCGGGAGGUCCAGUACCUGCUCAACAAGGCCAAGUUCGCCAAGCCCAAGGCGCCAAAGAAGGAGAACGCCACCAAGACCGAGGCGGGGAAGAACACCACUGGGCCGUCCGAGGGUGAAAAGGUCGUCCCUCCCAAGGAAGAGAAGCAAGAAGAUCAAUUAGACGAUGCCAGCCCAAUCCAAGAACCCCCCACGGAGGAGCCGGUGCAGCUGGAGGGGGAGUCAGGACCAGGCCCACAGAUCGACAAAACGUCUGAACCAAGGGAAGAUUCUAGAACCAAUGAUGAGUUAUAACAGUUCCUCCGCCCUUCCCCCUCCACCGCCCAUCAAUCAACUCCUAUUUAUUUACAGUUCACCUGGUGGUUUUGAAAACAGACCUGGUUCAUGGCACAGACUGGCAGCAAGAGUCGUACUCUUCUCCCUGCCCAAAAAACCCUCUCCCUCCCGUUGGGAAUGUCCUUUCUGUUGGUGUUGGUGUGCGCUCUGUCUCUGCACCUCCCUUGUUUCCGUCUGGUUUUUGGCCGAGAGGAAGCUCACGCUGUGCCUUCAGGGCACUCUCCCAGAACCCCAAAACCUUUCUGGCAAAUGCCACCCAGCCCCAAUGCUCCGGGCUUUGUCUUCACCUCCCGCUGCACACGGAACAGAUUGGAAUACGACCUCAUUGCUCCAUCUUCUGGCCUUUGAGGGUUCUCUGUAAUUGAAACCGUUGGGACGGGAGUCCCUCAAAGCAGUACGCAACGCUCAAGAAGGAAAGCCAAGUCCUUCCAGAGAAACGUGAGAUGGACGCCACCCAUGCAUAACCAGGAGAUGGAUAUCUCCGUGUCCGAAUGGGGAGAAGAGGGGAGUGAGGCUCCCAUGAAGCUUCCCAGCUCCAGCUCAAUAGCAUUGGCAUGACUUGCCCAAGUUUGAUCCCCGCUCAGAUGAUACCAUCAAAGAAGAAGCCCAAAUAGAGCUCGCGAUCCUCUUCAAAUUCCAUGCCCAGAUACAGAAUGUUUUCCCUUAUGUGUUGUAUUGGCUCCUUAGGUUUAUACGAGGGUUGAAUGAAAAGUAAUGCUUCAACCUUCGUUAACUCCUCAACAGAUGGCAGUACUGGUAUGCGGCAGCUACUGGCUUGUUCAGUAGACUCUCCUCUACAGUUCCAUUUUGGUGAGAAGCCAUAGCAUUGAACGGUUGUGUUGUUAAAGUGCGAAGUAAGUCUAGUUUCUAGUGGGAGAACCUGAAAUGAAUACAUUAAUUUUGGAAUUAACAUUUUUGCUGCUUUUAUUUUCCUAAAAAUAUACAAAAAAAAUUUCCUUCCAUCUUUUCAUUGUCUUAAGAACUUUUUUCCACACCUCUUUAUAGUUACUCUUCUUCAUCUUAUCUAUGUUUUUUUUGUAUUGUUAUUCCCAACUAUUUUAUUUUUCCUUUUCCCAUGCCAAUUUCAGUUAUUCUAUCUAUUUCCACUUUUUCUGAUUUAUCUACUUUGAAGUACAUAAUUUCUGAUUUCUUUAUAUUGACCCUCAAUCCUGUAUUUCUCUCGUAAUCACUUAGUAGAAUUUUUAGUUCCCUUAUUCCUUCUAGGGGAUUGGAUAAUACCAUCAUAAGAUCAUCCGCAUAAACAUUUAAUUUAGCCUCCAGUCCCUGCCCAAAUUUACACCCCUCAAUCCUUGCACUGUUUCUUAUUCUGUCCGCUAACACCCCCAUUCCUAAAACAAAGAGCAAUGGUGAUAAGGGGACAGCCUUGUCUUACUCCCCUCUGGAUUGGGAAUUCCCCUGAUGUUCCUUCGUUUAUUCUGACUGCAGCUGUUCCUUUUCUGUAUAGUUCUUUAGUUUCUU